AUGGUCCGCCCUUGGAAGCUCCUGCAAGCGCUCGCGGUCCUGGCCGCCGCCAUGCCCCCCAGGACCGGCGGCGGCCCCGUCCUGGCCACCAUGACCCCGGCGGGGAGCAGCAGCAGGAGCAGCAGCAGCAGCAGCAGAAACGGCACGGCGACCGCGGCGCGGCCAAAGAAGACGACGGAGCCCCCGGCCUGGUGCACCACGACGCUGACCGUGAAGGCCCCCUUGGUCACCUACACCUCUACCACCUGGGCUACGGAGCUGGUAAUCGGCAGCGGCCGCCCCACUCUGUCACAAUGCUACGACAGCUGGGACCUCUGCCACGGCCAAUGCUUGAUAUUCGCCUGGUUCACGUUCGGCAUUCCCUGCUGUCGGUUUGCCCUCUCCCUUUUCGUGCUUGUUGCCCCGAGCCCGCGCCCGCGCACGCGCGCGCCCUGGUUUCCCGGGUGCGAGUUGACAGAGCUCUUGCUAACGUUUGUUAUUAUCAAAGGGGAUUGCCUGGAAAAGAAGGACUGCCUUCUUUCUUGAGCUAGCGGUUAUCAAACUGGCACGCGGUGUGGGAUGUUCCUCGAUUCUGGUGGAUUCUUUUCUCUAUUCUCUAGCCCCCUUUUUUUCCUUCCAUUUUGGUCCUCUUCUUCCCUUUUUUUGACGAUUUUAACUAGCGGAUACCACAAAAAUACGACAACUUUAUGCUCAG